CGCUCUCCCUAUAUGGCAGUGAUUCGCUGUAUGCUAAUAGCGCUCUGAGAAGAGGCUCUCGGCUCGCACAGCACAGUCUCACACAGCUGACUCCUCAAGAGCCAUGGCCGAGGGGGGAGAAGGGGAAGAUGAGAUCCAAUUCCUCCGCACUGAUGAUGAAGUGGUCCUCCAGUGUGUCGCCAACAUACACAAGGAACAGCGCAAGUUCUGCCUGGCAGCUGAGGGACUUGGGAAUCGUUUGUGCUUUUUGGAACCAACUUCAGAAGCUAAAUAUGUUCCUCCAGACCUAUGCAUCUGUAAUUUUGUGCUGGAGCAGUCCCUGUCAGUCAGAGCCCUUCAAGAAAUGUUGGCAAACACAACUGGAAAUGUCAAUGAAGGGAAGUUUACCGGGAAGAAGUUUACAAGGAAGGCUUCACAAGGAGGUGGACAUAGGACUUUAUUGUAUGGCCAUGCUAUACUACUUCGUCAUUCGUUCAGUGGAAUGUACUUAACUUGUUUAACGACAUCGAGAUCCCUCACAGAUAAGCUUGCAUUUGACGUGGGACUGCAGGAUAAUUCAACAGGGGAGGCAUGCUGGUGGACAAUACAUCCUGCUUCCAAACAAAGAUCGGAAGGAGAGAAAGUUCGGAUAGGGGACGAUCUGAUUUUAGUUAGCGUUUCUUCAGAACGAUACCUACAUCUAUCCAUAUCCAAUGGGAUGGGUAAUAUCCAGGUGGAUGCCUCUUUUAUGCAGACACUAUGGAACGUCCAUCCUACAUGCUCUGGUAGCAGUGUGGAAGAAGGGUUUCUUCUUGGUGGACACGUGGUUCGGUUUUUCCAUGGUCAUGAUGAAUGUUUGACAAUCCCAUCUGCCGAGCCAGUUGACACACAACCUAGGAAAGCAAAUUAUGAAGCAGGAGGAGCAGGUGUCCGUGCUAGGUCAUUAUGGAGAGUGGAGCCCCUCAGGAUAAGCUGGAGUGGAAGCCACAUCCGCUGGGGCCAAACAUUCCGCCUUCGUCACAUUACAACUGGACAGUACUUGACACUGACAGAGGACCAAGGCUUGGUGCUACAAGACAGAACAAAAUCCGAUACCAAGUCAUCCGCUUUCUGCUUCCGAGCAUCAAAGGAAAAACUGGACUCUGGCCCCAAGCGAGAUAUUGAUGGAAUGGGAGUUGCAGAGAUUAAGUAUGGAGAUUCCAUUUGCUUUAUCCAGCAUGUUGACAGUGCCCUGUGGCUCACGUACAAAGCCCAAGAUGCCAAAACAGCAAGACUUGGGCCACUAAAGAGAAGAGCAAUACUACAUCAAGAGGGGCAUAUGGAUGAUGGUGUUACCCUACAGAAGUGCCAGCAUGAAGAGUCCCAAGCUGCUCGAAUCAUUCGAAACACCACAGGCCUGUUUAGUCGUUUUAUCAGUGAUCUGGAUUCUCUGACUGGAAAUAACAGGACAGUGACAGCCCCCAUCGCCCUGCCUAUUGAGGAGGUAGUUCAAACUCUGCAAGACUUAAUUGCCUAUUUCCAGCCUCCUGAAGAAGAACUAGAACAUGAAGAUAAACAAAACAAGCUCCGCUCACUUAAAAAUAGGCAGAACUUAUUCAAGGAGGAGGGAAUGCUAGCGCUGGUGUUAAACUGCAUCGACCGGCUGAAUGUGUACAGUACCGCAGCACACUUUGCAGAAUUUACAGGGGCGAAAGCUGGGCCAGCUUGGAAAGAAAUUCUAAACCUCCUCUAUGAGUUAUUAGCUGCUUUGAUUCGUGGUAACAGAAGUAACUGUGCCCAAUUUUCCAAUAAUUUGGAUUGGCUAAUUAGUAAACUAGAACGUCUGGAAUCUUCUUCAGGAAUAUUGGAGGUUCUGCACUGCAUCUUAAUAGAAAGUCCCGAAGCGUUAAAUCUAAUAGAGAAGGGACACAUCCGGUCAGUGAUUUCUCUACUGGACAAGCAUGGACGCAACCACAAGGUCCUAGACGUUCUCUGCUCUCUAUGUGUGUGCAAUGGUGUAGCAGUGCGGACGAAUCAGAAUCUCAUCUGUGAUAACCUACUGCCUAGGAGAGAUCUACUUUUACAAACUCGUUUAGUUAAUGAUGUCACAAGCAUGAGGCCAAAUAUCUUCCUGGGAGUAGCUGAAGGUUCAGCUCAGUACAAGAAGUGGUACUUUGAGAUGAUCAUAGACCAAGUGGAUCCAUUUCUGACUCCAGAACCUACUCACCUGCGUGUAGGCUGGGCAUCCACCUCAGGUUACGCUCCAUACCCUGGUGGAGGUGAAGGCUGGGGAGGAAAUGGGGUGGGUGAUGACCUCUUCUCCUAUGGCUUUGAUGGCCUUCACUUGUGGUGUGGUCGAGUACCCAGGGCAGUGGCCUCAAGUAACCAGCAUCUCCUGGCAUCUGAUGAUGUGGUCAGCUGCUGCUUGGAUUUGGGAGUGCCCAGUAUUUCAUUCCGUAUUAAUGGGCAACCUGUUCAAGGGAUGUUUGAAAACUUUAAUACUGAAGGUCUCUUUUUUCCGGUGGUGAGCUUCUCUGCAGGGGUCAAGGUUCGUUUUCUUCUUGGUGGUCGUCAUGGAGAGUUCAAAUUUUUGCCACCUGCAGGCUAUGCUCCUUGCUAUGAGGCCUUGCUCCCAAAAGAAAAGAUGAGAGUGGAGCCAGUGAAAGAAUACAAAAGAGAUUGUGAUGGAGUCCGAGACUUGCUGGGUACAACACAUUUUCUUUCUCAAGCCUCUUUCAUCCCGUGUCCAAUUGAUACCAGCCAGAUUGUUUUACCUCCUCAUCUUGAGAAAAUCAGAGACAAGCUGGCAGAAAACAUUCACGAAUUAUGGGGUAUGAACAAAAUUGAGCUUGGCUGGAUUUAUGGAAAGGUGCGAGAUGACAAUAAAAGACAGCAUCCAUGCCUAGUAGAAUUUUCCAAAUUGCCUGAAACGGAGAAGAACUAUAAUCUACAGAUGUCCACUGAGACACUAAAAACCUUGCUGGCUCUUGGAUGUCUCAUUGUCCAUUCAAACCAAACAGCCGAAGAAAAUUUGAAGAAAGUAAAAUUACCCAAAAACUAUAUGAUGUCCAAUAGUUACAAACCUGCCCCACUGGACCUCUCUGAUGUAAAACUGUUACCAGCGCAAGAAGGUCUAGUCGAUAAACUUGCAGAGAAUGCACACAACGUGUGGGCAAAAGAUAGAAUUAAACAAGGAUGGACCUAUGGUAUCCAGCAGGACCUGAAGAACAAAAGAAACCCUCGCCUGGUGCCAUAUGCUUUACUAGAUGAACGUACUAAGAAAUCAAACCGCGACAGCCUGCGUGAAGCUGUGAGAACAUUUAUUGGUUACGGGUAUAACAUUGAGCCGCCAGACCAAGAAAUCACUGAUCAAUUCAUGGAGAGGGUGGGUAUCGACAAGAUUCGCUUCUUCAGAAUAGAAAAGACAUAUGCUGUGAAAUCGGGGAAGUGGUAUUUUGAGUUUGAAGUGGUUACUGGAGGUGACAUGCGAGUGGGCUGGGCACGGCCUGGCUGCAGACCUGAUGUUGAACUGGGCGCAGAUGAUCAGGCAUUUGUGUUUGAAGGAAGCCGGGGCCAAUGUUGGAACAUGGGAAGUUCUUUCUUUGGCCGGAAUUGGCAGCCUGGAGAUGUGGUGGGAUGUAUGAUUAACAUGGAUGACAAAUCAAUGAUUUUUACUCUGAAUGGUGAACUGCUCAUCACAAACCAAGGGUCUGAGCUGGCUUUUGCUGACUUUGAAAUAGAAAAUGGCUUUGUCCCUGUCUGCUCCUUGGGGUUGUCACAGAUUGGUCGCAUGAACCUGGGAAAAGAUGCUAGUACUUUUAAGUACUACACUAUGUGUGGCCUACAGGAAGGCUUCCAGCCCUAUGCUGUUAAUAUGAACAGAGAUGUUGCUAUGUGGUUCAGCAAACGAUUACCUACCUUUGUCAAUGUGCCGAAAGAUCAUCCUCAUAUUGAGGUUACAAAGAUAGAUGGGACAGCAGAAACCCCACCAUGUCUAAAGGUCACACAUAAAACCUUUGGCACUCAGAACAGUAAUGCGGACAUGAUAUACUGCAGGUUGAGUAUGCCUGUUGAGUUCCAUUCAGCCUUCUCCAGUGAGGAAAACUUCCACAAGCGAAACCAACUUCAGGAAGUACCUUCACAUACCACUACUACAUAUUAUUACUCUGUAAGAGUAUUUGCUGGCCAGGACCCAUUGUCUGUGUGGGUGGGUUGGGUCACCCCAGAUUAUCACUUUUACAGUGAAAACUUUGACUUGAGCAAAAACUGCACUGUGAAUGUCACUUUAGGCGAUGAACGAGGACGGGUGCAUGAAAGUGUAAAACGUAGUAAUUGUUACAUGGUGUGGGGAGGUGACGUUUCUGCCAGCUCUCAGAGAUCAAGCCGUAGCAGUGUGGAUGUUGACAUUGGGUGCCUUGUUGAUCUGGCCACUGGGCUACUGUCAUUUACAGCCAAUGGGAAAGAUCUUGGAACUUGCUAUCAGGUGGAGCCGAACACAAAACUCUUCCCCGCAGUCUUUCUGCAGCCAACCAGCACAAACCUCUUUCAGUUUGAGCUUGGAAAACUAAAGAACACAAUGCCGCUUUCUGCUGCAAUAUUUAAAAGUGAGGAAAAGAACCCAGUACCACAGUGCCCACCUCGUCUGGAUGUACAAACUAUUACGCCAGUUUUAUGGAGUCGAAUGCCAAACAUCUUUCUGAAGGUGGAGACAGAGCGAGUGAGUGAGAGGCAUGGCUGGGUAGUACAGUGUUUGGAGCCCCUGCAGAUGAUGGCGCUACAUAUCCCAGAAGAGAACAGAUGCAUUGACAUUCUGGAGCUCUCUGAACAAGAAGAUCUAAUGAAGUUUCACUACCACACUUUGAAACUCUACUGUGCAGUGUGUGCACUUGGCAAUAAUCGUGUAGCCCAUGCACUCUGCAGCCAUGUGGAUCAAUCCCAGCUCUUAUAUACUAUUGACAACCAAUAUCUGCCUGGACUUCUGCGGUCUGGGUUCUACGACCUUCUCAUUAGCAUCUUCCUAGAAUCAGCCAAGGAGGGCAAACUUAUGAUGAACAAUGAGUUUAUCAUUCCUAUCACAGAGGAGACUCGGCAGAUUCGACUGUACCCUGAUGAGACAAAGAGGCAUGGAUUGCCAGGUGUAGGACGCAGUACUUGCCUGAAAUCUGAUCUUUAUUUCACAAUACCAUGCUUUAUAUUGACUGGGGAGGAUCGUCAGCAACAUGGGCCUGAGAUUCCCGUAGACAUCUUGAAGUCAAAAGCCAUUAGUAUGCUAACCGAGGCUGUGCAGAGUAGUGGGGAACACAUACGUGACCCAGUUGGAGGCAAGGUGGAAUUCCAGUUUGUGCCAGUCCUCAAGCUUAUUGCCACACUACUAAUUAUGGGAGUGUUUGAGGAUGAAGAUGUCAGGCAAAUUUUGUUGCUCAUUGAUCCAAAUGUCUUUGGAGACCACAAGGAAGAGGAUGCAGAUGAGAAGUGCGAGAAAGAAGAGGUGGCACAGGAUGAGGAAAAGGAUGUAGAGGCAGGAGAAAAAGCAAUGAGGGAUGCCAAAACACCUGCUAAAGGUUUACUGCAAACACGACUUCCAGAAUCCGUCAAACUUCAGAUGUGUGAGCUCCUUCAUUAUUUCUGUGACUGUGAGUUGAAGCACAGAGUAGAGUCCAUUGUUUCGUUCUCGGACAACUUUGUGUCAAAGUUACAGUACAACCAGAAAUUCCGAUACAAUGAGUUAAUGCUGGCACUUAAUAUGUCAGCUGCUCUAACUGCCAAAAAGACCCGGGAAUUCCGUUCUCCACCUCAAGAACAGAUUAACAUGCUUUUGAGUUUUCAACUGCAAAAUGACUGUCCAUGUCCAGAAGAAAUUCGGGAUGAACUUUAUGAGUUUCAUGAAGACCUUCUCAUGCAUUGCGGCAUUCCUUUGGAAGAAGAGGAAGAAGAAGAAGAAGAUACUUCAUGGACUGGUCGACUCCGAUCUUUGGUGUACAAAGUUAAAGGCCGUACCAGGGCAGAAGAACAGGAUCCAGCUGAGGAGGAAGAAAAAUCUCCCACCACACUGAAGGAGCUUAUAUCACAGACCAUGGUACGCUGGGCCCAGGAGGAUCACAUACAGGACCCAGAGCUUGUGCGUAUAAUGUUUAGUCUCCUGCGACUACAGUACGACAGUAUUGGAGAGCUGCUGAGAGCUAUGAGGAAGACUUACACCAUCAGCGCUGCUUCUGUGGAAGAUACCAUUAACCUGCUGGCCUCUCUGGGGCAGAUACGUUCACUGCUUAGUGUCAGGAUGGGUAAAGAAGAGGAGAUGCUGAUGAUCGAUGGCCUGGGUGACAUCAUGAACAACAAGGUUUUUUAUCAGCAUCCAAACUUGAUGCGCGUGUUGGGAAUGCACGAGACAGUAAUGGAAGUGAUGGUGAACGUGCUCGGUGGAGACAAAUCUCAGCAAAUCGCAUUCCCAAAGAUGGUUGCAAGCUGCUGUAGAUUCCUCUGCUAUUUCUGCAGAAUCAGUCGACAGAACCAAAAAGCAAUGUUUGAACAUCUUGGCUACUUGCUAGAAAACAGCAGUGUUGGAUUAGCAUCUCCAUCAAUGAGGGGCUCAACACCUUUGGAUGUUGCUGCAGCAUCUGUAAUGGACAACAAUGAGCUUGCUUUGGCUUUACAAGAACCAGACCUUGAGAAGGUUGUCACUUACCUGGCAGGUUGUGGACUACAGAGCUGUCUAAUGCUUAUAGCCAAAGGAUACCCAGACCUUGGGUGGAAUCCUAUUGAGGGAGAACGUUAUUUGUCAUUUCUACGCUUUGCUGUCUUCGUCAACUGUGAGAGUGUUGAAGAGAACGCCAGUGUGGUGGUUAAGCUGCUUAUCCGGCGUCCUGAGUGUUUUGGACCAUCACUCAGAGGAGAAGGGGGAAAUGGUUUGCUGGCAGCGAUGCAGGAAGCUAUUAACAUUUCUGAGAACCCAGCUUUGGACCUACCUCCGCAAGGGUAUCAGAGGGAAGUGGUCGAGGAAGAUGAAGAAGAAGAAGAGAUUGUACACAUGGGAAAUGCUAUAAUGUCCUUUUAUUCUGCACUGAUAGACCUUCUGGGACGCUGCGCUCCAGAAACCCAUUUAAUCCAGGCUGGUAAAGGGGAAGCUAUUAGAAUCCGGUCCAUCCUUCGCUCACUGGUACCCACCGAGGACCUGGUUGGGAUUAUUAGUAUUCCCCUGAAACUGCCUGCAUUUAACAAAGAUGGCUCUGUGUUUGAGCCUGAUAUGGCGGCCAGUUUUUGUCCGGAUCAUAAGGCCCCCAUGGUGCUUUUCCUGGAUCGUGUUUAUGGUAUUAAGGACCAAAGCUUCCUCCUGCAUUUACUGGAGGUAGCCUUCCUACCUGAUCUAAGAGCGUCUGCCUCUCUGGACACAGCCUCUUUAAGCGUCACAGAGAUGGCUCUUGCUCUGAACAGAUACAUUUGCUCAGCCGUUCUCCCACUCCUGACACGCUGUGCUCCCCUUUUUGCCGGUACUGAGCAUUAUGCUGCCCUCAUUGACUCAACUCUACAUACCAUCUACAGGCUUUCCAAGGGCCGUUCUCUAACCAAGGCUCAAAGAGACACCAUUGAGGAGUGUCUGCUAUCUAUUUGCCAUCAUAUGCGGCCUUCCAUGCUCCAGCAGCUUUUACGGCGUCUGGUUUUUGAUGUUCCGCUACUUAAUGAAUACUGCAAAAUGCCCCUGAAGCUUCUGACAAACCAUUAUGAGCAAUGCUGGAAAUAUUACUGUCUCCCAUCUGGCUGGGGUAGCUACGGCCUGGCCUCUGAGGAAGAACUGCACCUCACAGAAAAACUGUUUUGGGGGAUUUUUGAUUCUCUGUCUCAUAAGUUCCUAUCUCUCCUGCAGAAGUAUGAUGCUGAGCUCUUCAGAAUGGCCAUGCCCUGCCUUAGUGCUAUAGCUGGGGCUCUGCCUCCAGAUUAUGUAGAUACCAGGAUUAAAGCAACACCAGAGAAACAGAUGUCAGUGGAUUCUGAGGGAAACUUUGACCCAAAACCCAUCAACACUGUCAAUCUCACAUUGCCUGAAAAGUUGGAAUAUGUUGUUAACAAGAAUGCAGAACAUGCCCAUGACAAAUGGGCAUAUGAUAAGAUCCACAGUGGGUGGAAAUAUGGUAUGGUCCUUGAUGAGAAUACAAAGACUCACCCAUUACUGCGUCCUUACAAGACCCUAUCUGAAAAGGAAAAAGAAAUUUAUCGGUGGCCUGUAAGAGAGUCUGUGAAGACCAUGUUGGCCAUGGGCUGGAGUGUGGAACGGACCAAAGAAGGGGAGGCUUUAGCACUUCACCGGGAAAAUGAGAAGAUGCGUAGCAUAUCCCAAAACAGCCAAGGAAAUGGCUACAACCCUUCACCAAUUGAUUUGAGUAAUGUUGUACUUUCUCGGGAACUCCAGGGAAUGGUUGAGGUCAUGGCAGAAAACUACCACAACAUUUGGGCCAAAAAGAAGAAAUUUGAACUAGAGAGCAAAGGUGGAGGCAGCCAUCCAUUGCUUGUACCCUACGACACCUUGACAGCAAAAGAGAAGGCUCGAGACCGUGAGAAAGCUCAGGAGCUUUUCAAAUUUCUUCAAGUAAAUGGCUAUGCUAUAUCCAGAGGCUUAAAAGACAUGGAGUUGGAUGCCUCAUCCAUGGAAAAGAGGUUUGCCUUUAAGUUUCUGAAGAAAGUUCUGCACUAUGUGGAUUCUGCCCAGGAAUUUAUUGCACACUUAGAGGCUGUUGUCAGCAGUGGUAAAAGUGAAAAGUCUCCACAUGAGCAAGAAAUCAAAUUUUUUGCCAAAGUUCUUCUUCCCCUGGUUGACCAAUACUUUAAGAAUCACUGUCUGUACUUCCUUUCCUCCCCAAUUAAAACUCUCAGCAGCAGUGGUUAUGCGUCUAACAAAGAGAAGGAGAUGGUAGCAAGUCUUUUCUGCAAACUGGCAGCUCUUGUCAGACAUAGGAUUUCAUUGUUUGGAAGUGACUCUUCUACAAUGGUUAGCUGUCUACACAUUCUGGCUCAGACUCUUGACACACGUACUGUAAUGAAGUCUGGAUCUGAGCUGGUAAAGGCUGGGGUGCGAGCUUUCUUUGAAAAUGCAGCAGAAGAUUUGGAGAAGACGUUGGAAAAUUUGAAGUUGGGAAAAUUCACUCAUUCAAGAACUCAAAUGAAAGGAGUCUCCCAGAACAUAAACUAUACCACUGUGGCACUGCUUCCUAUCCUGACUUCCAUUUUUGAACAUGUGGCUCGCCACCAGUUCGGAGUUGAUCUCUUGUUGGAUGAUGUGCAAGUUUCCUGUUAUAGAAUUCUGUGCAGCCUCUACUCACUUGGAACUGGAAAGAACAUCUACGUUGAAAGGCAGCGGCCGGCUCUGGGCGAGUGUCUGGCUGCUCUUGCUGGAGCCAUUCCAGUGGCGUUCCUUGAGCCGUCUCUGAACCAUAACAACCCACUUUCAGUUUUCAACACCAAGAGUCCCCGCGAGAGAGCGAUCUUAGGGAUGCCUGAUACAGUUGACGAGAUGUGUGCUGAAAUGCCCCACUUGGAGGGGCUUAUGAAAGAGAUCAAUGAACUGGCAGAGUCUGGAGCCAGAUACACUGAGAUGCCACAUGUUAUUGAGGUUGUCUUGCCCAUGCUUUGUAACUACUUGUCCUAUUGGUGGGAAAGAGGCACUGAAAAUGUGCCAGAAAACGCAAGGCCCUGCUGCACACAAGUGACCUCCGAACACCUGAGUGUUAUCCUUGGCAACAUUCUGAAGAUCAUCAACAAUAAUUUAGGCAUAGAUGAAGCUUCUUGGAUGAAGAGAAUUGCCGUUUAUGCUCAGCCAAUUAUCAGUAAGGCUCAGCCAGACCUUCUCAAAAGCCAUUUUAUCCCCACUCUUGAAAAACUGAAAAAGAAAGCAAUAAAGAUUGUGCAGGAAGAGGAGCAACUAAAAGCAGAUAGCAAGUCUGACACACAAGAGGCUGAGUUGUUGAUUCUGGAUGAAUUUGCUGUUCUGUGCAGGGACUUAUAUGCCUUCUAUCCCAUGCUGAUCCGAUAUGUGGACAACAACAGGUCUAACUGGCUCAAGAAGCCUGAUCCAGAUUCUGAUGAGCUAUUCCGGAUGGUAGCUGAGGUUUUCAUCCUUUGGUGUAAAUCACAUAAUUUUAAAAGAGAAGAGCAGAAUUUUGUGAUUCAGAACGAGAUUAAUAAUUUGGCUUUCCUAACCGGCAACAAUAAGAGCAAGAUGUCUAAACCCAUGCAAGUGAAGUCUGGAGGGCAGGAUCAGGAGAGAAAAAGAACCAAGCGCAGGGGAGACCUUUACUCUAUCCAAACAUCACUAAUUGUGGCUGCUUUGAAGAAAAUGCUGCCUAUAGGUCUUAACAUGUGUACUCCAGGGGACCAGGAGCUGAUUUCACUUGCAAAGACAAGAUACAGUCUUAAAGAUACAGAUGAUGAGGUCAAGGAGCAUUUGCGCAACAACCUUCAUCUGCAGGAGAAGUCUGAAGACCCAGCAGUGAAAUGGCAACUCAAUCUAUAUAAAGAUAUCCUGAAGAGUGAGGAGCAGGCAGAUCCUGAGAAAACUGUAGAACGUGUACAGAAGAUCUCUGCUGCUGUGUUCCAUCUUGAACAGGUAGAGCAACCCUUGAGAUCUAAGAAGGCUGUCUGGCAUAAGCUCCUAUCAAAGCAAAGGAAGAGAGCUGUGGUUGCCUGUUUCCGCAUGGCACCGCUGUACAAUUUGCCAAGGCACCGUUCUAUUAACCUCUUCCUACAUGGUUAUCUGAGAUUAUGGAUAGAAACAGAGGAAAAUUCCUUUGAGGAGAAACUAAUUCAGGAUUUGGCUAAACCUAAGAAAACUGAUGAGGAAGAAGAAGAGGAAACCGAGAAGAAGCCAGAUCCUCUUCAUCAGAUUAUUUUACACUUCAGUCGCAAUGCUCUCACUGAAAGGAGUAAAUUGGAGGAUGAUCCUUUAUAUACCGCAUAUGCAGCAAUGAUGGCAAAGAGCUGUCAGAAUGAAGAGGAAGACGAGGAAAAAGAGAAAACCUUUGAAGAAAAAGAAAUGGAGAAGCAGAAGACAUUGUACCAGCAAGCUCGUCUGCAUGAGAGAGGAGCCGCUGAGAUGGUACUUCAAAUGAUUAGUGCAAGCAAAGGUGAGAUGAGCCCUAUGGUGGUGGAGACACUAAAACUUGGAAUUUCAGUUUUGAACGGUGGCAACACAGUGGUGCAACAGAAAAUGUUAGAUUACCUAAAGGAGAAGAAAGAUGCUGGGUUUUUCCAGAGUUUGUCCGGCCUAAUGCAGUCAUGCAGUGUUCUUGACUUGAACGCAUUUGAAAGACAAAACAAGGCAGAAGGCCUUGGGAUGGUCACAGAAGAAGGAACACUUAUUGUCCGAGAAAGAGGUGAGAAAGUUUUGCAGAAUGAUGAGUUCACACGAGACCUCUUCCGAUUUCUGCAACUUCUAUGUGAGGGACAUAACAAUGAUUUUCAGAAUUUUCUCCGAACCCAAAUGGGUAACACAACAACAGUGAAUAUCAUCAUUAGCACUGUGGAUUAUCUUCUUCGCCUCCAGGAAUCCAUCAGUGACUUUUACUGGUAUUACUCAGGGAAGGAGGUGAUUGACGAAUCUGGACAGCACAACUUUUCUAAAUCUCUUGCUGUCACCAAGCAGAUAUUUAACUCAUUAACAGAAUACAUUCAGGGUCCAUGCAUUGGGAAUCAGCAGAGCUUGGCACACAGUAGACUUUGGGAUGCUGUGGUUGGCUUCCUCCAUGUCUUUGCAAAUAUGCAAAUGAAACUCUCACAGGAUUCCAGCCAGAUUGAGCUGCUUAAAGAACUAUUGGAUCUUCUGCAAGACAUGGUGGUGAUGUUGCUAUCGCUGCUAGAAGGGAAUGUUGUACAUGGGACUAUUGGCAAGCAAAUGGUGGAUACACUAGUAGAGUCCUCUAGCAAUGUUGAGAUGAUCCUGAAGUUCUUUGAUAUGUUCCUGAAGUUGAAGGACCUAACUAGCUCUGACGCCUUCAAAGAAUAUGACCCUGAAGGAAAGGGAAUCAUUUCUAAAAAGGAGUUUCAGAAGGCCAUGGAAGGCCAGAAGCAAUAUGCACCAUCAGAAAUUGAAUUUCUUCUCUCUUGUGCUGAAGCUGAUGAAAAUGACAUGUUUAACUAUGUUGAAUUUGUAGAUAGAUUUCAUGAACCGGCAAAGGACAUUGGGUUUAAUGUGGCUGUUUUGUUGACUAACCUCUCAGAGCAUAUGCCAAAUGAUUCUCGGCUUCAAUGUUUGUUAGAUCCUGCAAACAGUGUUCUGAAUUACUUCUCUCCUUAUUUGGGGAGAAUUGAGAUUAUGGGUGGUGCAAAGAGAAUAGAAAGAGUUUACUUUGAAAUCAGUGAGUCCAGCCGUACCCAAUGGGAGAAGCCACAAGUUAAAGAGUCCAAAAGACAAUUUAUAUUUGAUGUGGUCAAUGAGGGUGGAGAACAAGAAAAGAUGGAACUUUUUGUGAACUUCUGUGAAGACACAAUUUUUGAAAUGCAGUUAGCAUCUCAGAUUUCAGAAUCAGACACAGUAGAGAGACCUGAGGAAGAAGAAGAGACUGAAACUCAUCAUAUGAUAGAAGUUGGUGAAGAAGACGAGGAAGCACAGUCUUUGGAAUCUUCUUCUGCAUUUAUUGUUGCUUGUAAAGCACUUAGAAAAAAUACCUCUAGUUUCUUUAAAAUGCUUACCUUGAAAAAUAUCAGCAAGCAAUUUCGGAAAGUGAAAAAGAUGACAUUGAAAGAGUUAGUUAAAGUUUUCUUCUCAUUUUUCUGGAUGCUAUUUGUUGGCUUGUUCCAGUUUGUGUUUACUAUAGUGUGGGGAAUCUUCCAGAUACUUUGGAGCACUGUGUUUGGUGGAGGUUUGGUGGAAGGGGCCAAAAAUAUAAAAGUUACCAAAAUAUUGGGAGAUAUGCCAGAUCCAACACAAUUUGGAAUUCAUGAUGACGUCUUAGAAGCUGAAAAAGCAGAUGCCCCUGAGCAUGCCACAUCCGCUGAAUUCACCAAUUUUGUUAAAGGAGAUAAGGGAGACCUUGAUAUGCCAGAUGUUUUCGGAAUCCAUGCUAAAAAAGAAGGUUCAAAACAUGGCCCAGAAAUUGGUCUUGGUGAUUACACAGAGAACGUAAGGACAGAGACUGCUACCAGUUUGGAGAGUGCUGUGCGUAACAAGAGGAAAGCACUUGCAGCUGAAAUAGCAAAGGGACAUGAGGACGACUCAAAAGCCGAAUCCGAGAAGGCUGACAUGGAAGAUGGGGAGAAAAAGGAUAAAGCUAAAACAGAAGAACAGUCUGAAUUCUUGGAAAGUAAAGAGGGGGUUAAAAAAAAGAGGAGGCGUGGACAGAAGGAAGAGGAACCGGAAGCAUUUAUGGCAAACUUCUUGGCGGGCUUGGAGAUUUAUCAAACCAAAACAUUGAAUUAUCUGGCCAGAAAUUUCUACAAUCUACGGUUCCUUGCUCUGUUUGUUGCAUUUGCCAUUAACUUCAUCCUUUUGUUCUACAAGGUGACUGAGGAGCCUUCCAAUGAAGAUAAUGAUCAUGAAUCAAACCUGUGGAACACGUUCCAGGAAGAAGAGGAAGAAGCAGAUGAAGCAGCAGUGUAUUUUGUCUUACAGGAGAACACAGGCUAUAUGGCACCAACGCUUCGCAUUUUGGCGAUUAUUCACACCAUUAUCUCCUUUGUCUGUGUUAUUGGAUAUUACUGUCUGAAGGUCCCUCUGGUGGUGUUUAAACGUGAGAAGGAAAUUGCUCGCAAUGUGGAGUUUGACGGUCUGUACAUUACUGAGCAACCCUCAGAUGAUGACAUUAAAGGACAGUGGGACCGUCUUGUCAUUAACACUCCGUCGUUCCCUAACAAUUACUGGGAUAAAUUUGUUAAAAGGAAGGUUAUUAACAAGUACGGCGACCUGUAUGGGGCAGACAGAAUCGCAGAGCUCCUGGGAUUGGAUAAAAACGCAUUGGAUUUUAGCCCUGUAGAAAAGACCAAAUCAGAAGAGGGAUCUUUGGUGUCAUGGUUGAGUUCUAUCGAUAUGAAGUAUCACAUAUGGAAGCUUGGGGUUGUGUUCACUGACAAUUCUUUCCUUUAUCUUGCUUGGUAUACAACCAUGUCAAUCCUGGGACAUUACAACAAUUUCUUCUUUGCUGCUCAUCUGUUGGAUAUCGCUAUGGGCUUCAAGACUCUGAGAACCAUUCUGUCUUCAGUAACUCACAAUGGAAAACAACUGGUGCUGACAGUUGGACUUCUGGCAGUAGUUGUUUACCUUUAUACUGUGGUGGCUUUCAACUUCUUCCGUAAAUUCUAUAAUAAGAGUGAAGAUGAAGAUGACCCAGACAUGAAGUGUGAUGACAUGAUGACGUGCUACCUGUUUCACAUGUACGUGGGGGUGAGAGCUGGGGGAGGCAUUGGAGACGAGAUUGAGGAUCCCGCUGGAGAUCCAUAUGAAAUGUACCGAAUCGUGUUCGACAUCACCUUCUUCUUCUUUGUUAUCGUCAUACUUCUGGCUAUUAUUCAAGGUUUGAUCAUUGAUGCAUUUGGAGAAUUGAGAGACCAGCAAGAGCAAGUGCGAGAAGACAUGGAGACUAAAUGUUUCAUUUGUGGUAUUGGAAAUGAUUACUUUGAUACAACGCCUCAUGGGUUUGAAACUCAUACUCUACAAGAGCACAACUUGGCCAACUACCUGUUCUUUCUCAUGUAUCUCAUUAAUAAGGAUGAGACGGAGCACACUGGCCAGGAGUCUUAUGUAUGGAAGAUGUACCAGGAAAGAUGUUGGGACUUUUUUCCAGCUGGUGACUGCUUCCGCAAACAAUAUGAAGAUCAGCUGGGAUAAUACAGCUUUAUUCACUUGACAGCCAGUUCCACUAGGAGGAAUAACCUUUGUUUAUGGGACACAUUUACUGACAGAAAACCUCUUCCUAUUAAGACCCUAGUUCAUUGUCUGGAUCCAAGUCAUCUCCUUAAUCCCAAGGAUGUAUAUGACACACAUGUACAGUGAAAGGUCAGACUGACAGAAACACUACAGUACAUUAAUAAACUGAUAGAUUUUCAUUAGCCAUAGUUCCAUUUGUUGAGUUACUAAUGCACCAUUAGCAGAUAUCUGGAGCAGCAGAGAGACGGCCUUUAGUCAGGAUCUGCAUAUGAAACAAAGCUAUUCAGCCAUUAGUUUUUGUAUUUUUCCCUCAUUAGACAUGGACAGGCACCUCAGUAUUAGACUGCUGCCAAUGACUGUCCAACAAACUAAGGGCUAAUUGCCACCCACACUAAAUAUACACUGUAGCUCCCCACAGUCUGCUGAAGGGUUUUCCUAUUGGUGCAUCAACUGAUCUUUAUUAGGCAAUGAAUGGUUCACACACACACAUCACUCAUCUGGAGACGCAUGCAGAGGGAUUUCGGGGGAGGGAGGGUUUUUUUGCCAUUUAGGUUUUCUGAUGACGCCAUCUUUCAGAUACCUCGUGCUAGUCGCAGACGCCACAAUUAUUGAUGUUUGCUGCAUCUGUUCCCAAGUAUCUUGUGCUCUAGAGGCCGGAGGAAUACACACAGGGGCUUACAUCAUAGAGUUCUAAAGUGAACAAGUCUACCUACAUAUGUCUCAUCUGGGAUGUUGGAGUACUCACAGGUAGCUUGUAAUACUUUAGACAGUUGAAAGGAAGGGGAGAAAAGUUAAAACUUAACACUUUAUCGACCCUGAACUUAUCGAUUAAGUGCCUUAAUCGUCUGUAGACGUAGCUAUGCAAGAGGUUUUUUUAUGUUAAGUAUUAGAUUGACGAAAUACACAAACCAUGUGCUGUUUUUGUCUGACUGUAUGAAAUAAGAAACUGCAUUCAAUUGCUAUAUAGGUUUUCUUUCAAUGACAGUUUUCUGGGUACUGUUAUUUAAAGAAACUGGAAUGUAUCUUAAAAUCUUCUUUACUUCUCUUAAAUGGAAACCUUAUGCCAAAAUCAAGCACUGCUUUCUGGUCAUUGGUAAGUGCUGUAGUGAAGCUGCUAACUUGAUGCAUUUUUCUUCAAAUAAAAUAAAGUGCCCAUCGCAAUAAACAAGUGUACAACCA